AUAUUAAUUUGUUUUAAGAAAAACUAUUUAUGGAUGCUGUAUUUAGAAUUUUCUUUUUCUUCACAGUUUUCUUUUCUGUCAAUUUGGGUACACCAAUGUUAUUACGUCGAUUAGUGCUACUUCCAUGACGUUUCAUUAAGUAGGAUGCAUUAUGACGUCAUAAUCAUUUCUGUAUAGAAACCAGUAAGGUUUGGCAGAUUUUAGCAGCGCUCAAAGGCAAAUCAUUUAUUUUGUCAAAACUCUGUUAGUUUUCUUUGGAUAUCUUAUUCACAAACUAUGGACAUUUCAAGCAAGGCAUUGAUCCAUUACAACGAAAAAUUGAGGCGAGAAUAUGAAAUUGUCAGUUUGUUCGUAAAAAGGAUUGUUGUAUCAAAUGCAAAACCUGGUGAAACCUCGAUUUCCAGAUUGAUAGAACCAAAACCUUUACAAGGGGUCACAUCGAACAAUGGUGGAGACUAUAUUGUCAAGAAAUCUCUGAGCGACGGAAUUAUAGAGACUGGAAGUUGCACACAGAUUAUCAAGGCAAACGGUCAUCAACGCGCUGAGGUCAAGGACGAUUAUCAUAUUUUCGACAUAAACAACAACCAGAAUCGUAAACAAAGCGAAAGCUCAGCUAAGAAGCAGUCUUUGAUCCAGAACGGAUCAGCAAAUGGCGAUAAGGGUGAUAAUGAGAGAAUAUGCAGGGAAUUAGACUUGGAGGCUCAUGCGGCAAGACGGAAACAGAUAGAAGUCUUCUUUACUGACCCCGUGGACCGGGAAAUGUUUCCAUUAAAUCCGCCGGAAAUCCCAACAAGCCGUACCUACCGACCUAUUGAGGUACCCCUAAAUUCUACAGCAGAAGAGAGUAUUUCAAUAAUGUUGGCAAAAUACAGCGCAGCCUUGAGGGACAAAGAUUUCAUGCGGGAGGUGUAUGAAUAUCGCCGUUUACCGAGGCCACCAGCCCGAGGAAUGGCACCACUAUCCUAUGAAUGGCUGACACUAAACACGUACUCUGGACUGAUGCAAUCCACAGAACAACAGACUCCCGGGGACUCGCAGGUCAACGCAAAUGCCCAACAAAGGUUUGAAAUUGAAAUUAUUGACAAUCAAGGAAUGAAAAAAUCUGAUCCAAGUUUUAGCGUGGAUGAGGAAGAGAAGAAUAAACAUCGAACAUCUUGGUUCGUUCGUCUUUUUUGUUAUGGCGCAAACUCCAUUCCAAAGAAGGUCAGACAAGAAAAUGGAGAGAAAAGCAAAGGAUUUCUUUCUCGCCUUAGGAAAGUUUUCGGGAAGAAAUAAAGAACUCGAGUUACCACGAGAAAAUUUAAUUGUGAUAUCGUGCAAUAUUUGAUUUGAAAAAGAGAGAAAUCUCUUACAAAUUGUGAUCAUUUAAAAAAAAUUUAUUGCAGUUGCGUGGUUUUUUCUGAAUCUCCAA